UAUCUGCAAUCUUAGCAAAUACAAGGAUGGUGUUCCCUCGGAUCUACAUAUCCGAGUCCUUCAAUCGCUUCAACAAGUUCAACCUGAAGCGAGCGCAGAAUCUACCAACCAGAACUAUUGGUCGGAUGGGUCGAUGUGGGUACAGAUACUCAAAAUAAGCGAUUCUCGUCAAGGCCAAAGUACUGUACAGAACAUGCUCGAAUAUAUAGGAGCUUGGGAGUGGUACAAUACUCAGUUGGAGCUUGCGAAGAAAACACUCAGAACUAAAAAGAAUAAAUCAGUAGGGGAGCGCGGUGCGGCGUUGCAUGUAAUGAAUCAAAUACAGAACAGAUGGAUCAGCGGAGUGGGAAUAGUCACUCCGCAUGAAGAUGAGUAUAAUUCUCUGUCAAGAAGUGGCUCUUCCAGUAUAACUGGGGAGGGGAAACAUCUGCAGCGAAAGCGGAUUAACACGCAGCUCUAUCGAGGAAAGAUGUGUACCAAACUCGUGAAAGAACUUGGUCUUGGAAUAUUGUUCGAUCGAAAUAUCUGGGUCUAUGUUAAAUCGAAGAUAGAGCAGCUUGAUACCUUGGUAAAGGAUAUCGAAGCCGAUACUAGAUAUAUGAAGCUGCUCCAGAUUCUCAGUCCACAAGUAGAACAACUUGUGAAGAAUGGGUCACCAAAUCUUCAUAUUUUCUACGAGGACCUAAAAAAGGCAGAACUACUCUCCGAAAACGAGCUCCGUGAACUGGAAGAAUGUUUUGCCUUGGAAGGAGACCCCCUGCCUCAUGGUCAGCUCGAGUCAAAAAUUGAUCGUCUGAUCAAAGAUGUCAAUAUAAAGGUACUGGAUCAGACAAGAUUUGGACGUGAUGAUACGAUUGCAAUCAACGAUGGUAUAGAGAUACCGUGCGAUAUCUUCGACCGACUUCGCCCAGGCAAAUGGCUGAAUAGUUGGACUAUCAAUGCUCUCAUGCAAAUCUCCGAUAAACCUGCUUUUGUUAGGCAUAGUCUAAGUAUCCCGUUGGAUGAAGAGAGUGGCAACGGUAAUUUUCGGCCGAUCAAACGCCCCCUAGGAGCCUGGGCCAAAAAGAUGGCUGGGUUUCGGGAAAAGGCCAGGGAUCCCUCUGGAGUCCUGGCCCCUUUGGUUUUCUUUUGCCCAAUCAACCAUGGAGGGAGACAUUUCUCGUUACUUGAGAUCAAUGACCGGGAGAAGGUUAUACGCCAUUAUGAUUCGAGGGCUAAGACUGCUACCAGACUCCGAAUGGGAGAUAUAAUUAAAAAGCAGUUUGGCGAUUUGAACUUCUCCUACACAGAAGUGCCUACUCCGCAACAGGUCGAUGGCUGGAGUUGCGGAAUCAGGACGGUUUGGAAUUUCCGGCGUUUAUCGAACAAUCUCUCAAUUGGAGCAGGCGAUACCGCGCUGAAUCCAGACCGGAUGAUACUAGAAAUCGUAGAGGGGCUGACAGCCUGCGUGGAGGGUGGCGCGAUGACAAAAUAUGUUCGACGGAGACGCUCAGAGCGAGAGAGGCGACUGGUGACCUGAAACAAAUAACGAUAAGUUAUACCGGAGAUUGAAAAACAGUAAGUGAUGGAAGUGGUGAUUCUCUGAAUACGCUGUUCUCAAUGCAUAAAUGAACAUUCAUUAAGCAAGAGGGAAUUAGCCACCAGCUGAUCAUUAGGGAGGCGUUAUUAUAAUCAGUGACUAGCCUUGGUGACUAAAAAUGUGGCCUCGGCAGUAUUGAAGAUAAUUACUUUCUAUUUUUCAUCCAACAGCGGUGGUUGGAUAGUGCCAAGUCAAGAAGUCAACAAUGAAAUGGACGAAUGUCCAACCUGCGUAUCGAAAUCAAAACGAAGCACGGUGGCGAGAG